GGCAUAUAUAAACACCGAAGACAUAUAUCUUCAUAGCAAUACAGCCAUCUCGCAACAAUAAUGUUUGGCGGCCCGCCCCUAGCAAGGACAAUCAUCCCAGACAACGCAUCCCCAAGUGGCGGAAAUGCCCUUCAUAAGAUGGAUUACAACAUGCUUGCCCUAAACCACAAGGAGCCGAGCCUUACAGACUUGCACAUUUCCGGCUUGCCCAUUCACGUCUAUGGUCUUCAGGAGGUUAAGGAUAGUAAAAGACCGUUGGCGGUCAUGAUCGCAUCGCAUGGGCGUAUGAACAGUAAGAAAAACAUGAAAUUCUUUGCCCAAGGUAUCCUAGGAGAGCUCUCGAAGAAGGAUGACAAGGAACGGCUUCGGGAUCUCAUCGUGGUUACCUUUGACCAGAGAAAUCAUGGAGAUCGAAUCGUAGAUAAGAAAUCUAACCUUUCGUUCGACCAAAAUCCCAAGCAUUUAGUUGAUAUGGCUGCUACCAUCGAGGGAGGCUGUCAUGAUGUUUCACUCAUUAUGGAUUUCCUGGCUCCCAUUCUUUUCCCUAAUGGUGAAAAGACUGUCGAGUCCUUCGUUAUAACUGGAAUUUCUCUAGGCGGUCACGUCACUUGGAAACUACUACAUGACGAUCCCCGUGUCCAGAUCGGCAUCCCCAUCAUUGGUCUUCCUUUCGAAUCUUUCCCAGUUUACCUCCGCGAUCGUGCACUAUCCCAAGGCUUGAAAUGGGAACCUCCCAUUUACCCUCCUUCUCUCAAAUCGUUCAUCGAACCCGUACGUAAUCCAGUGGAGGAACAGCAAAAGUAUAGCGGGAAAAAGAUUCUCAGUUUGCAUGGUAAAGAGGAUCGGCUAGUGCCGUACGGAAAGGGCGAGCGGGACUUGAGACAAAUCGAGAAAUGGAUAGAGGAGGAUAAGAGUAAAGGCGGUGUUUGCGCCAUCGAUGUGCAGAACGACGUAGGACAUGUGUGUAGUAUCCAAAUGCUGAGGAAGGCAGCGGAAUGGACUUGGAUGUAUGCUCUUCGAGCUUAGAUUGUAGAGUUGACUUCAAU